UCAGUGCAGGCGGAGUUCUGUCAGAGUCAAGCAGGAGCGUCGAGCAGGCAGGAGACAGGAUACAGGGCACAUGGGAAACAACACCAAGGCACUGACUGCAGGUCUGGCCAUUCCUUAAAUACACCUCCUGCAAUCAGCCUCAGGUGAUGGCUGAUUGCAGGAGUGAGCUUCUGGCUGCUGAGAGCACCCGCUGGCCAGCCCUGGUACUGCAGCCCACAAGGCAGGUGAGUCCCACCACCAUUGGCGAGUCCAUUCCUGACACUUCCGUGAUUUCCUGCUAUUUGGAAAGGGAUCAGUGUGCA